AUGAAUUUUCAAGCUGGUUCAGGUUAUAAUCCUGGUAAUAACUCACAUAAUCCAAUGGUCCCUGAUUUGGAUAAAGUUGCAAAAGAGGAAAGAGCAAAGGCAGAAUCGCAAAGGCAGUUAGAAGAACGAUGUAAAUGGCUGGAGGAAAAGGUCAGAGCAAUGGAGGGUGGUGAUAGACACCCUGGGAUUAAUGCAAAGGAUCUGAGUUUGGUCCCAGACUUAGUACUGCCAUACAAGUUCAGGAUGCUAGAAUUUGAGAAAUACAAUGGAACGAGCUGUCCUGAAGCUCAUAUCACUAUGUUUUGUAGAAGGAUGAUAGGGUAUGUUCAUAAUGAUCAAUUGCUGAUUCAUUACUUCCAGGAUAGGCUGGUGGGAGUAGCUGCUAAAUGGUACAAUCAAUUGAAUCGAAAUAGAAUUAGUUCAUGGAGGGACUUAACACAGGCAUUCAUGAAGCAAUACAGCCAUGUGACAGAUAUAAUUCCUGAUAGAAUUACUCUGCAGAAUAUAGAGGAAAAACCAAACGAAAUUUUUAAGCAGUAUGCUCAGAGAUGGAGGGAAAUAGCCAUUCAAGUUCAGCCACCGCUCUUAGAAAAAGAAACCACGAUGCUCUUUAUUAAUACUUUAAAGGCCCCGUUUAUAACGCAUAUGCUAGGAAGUGCCACGAGAAGCUUUGCGGAUAUGGUCAUGACAGGAGAAAUGAUUGAAAAUGCCAUAAAAAAUGGAAGGAUAGACGUGGGAGAAAGUGCUAAAAUGUCUGUACCACGAAAGAAAGAGAAUGAGGUGAACAAUGCGAACGUGGGAUACUCGAAGUCUAUUACUGUGAGUCAACCAAAGGCAACAACUACUGGUCAGGGUUCAUCACGUCAAGAGUCAGGGACCAGGCAGAAUAAUGAGAAGAUUCAAUUUACACCAAUUCCUACGACAUACAAAGAAUUAUAUCAAAGUUUGUUUGAUGCACAUGUGGUGGCACCUUUUUACUUGAAGCCUAUACAGCCUUCGUUCCCUAAAUGGUAUGAUGCUAAUGCCCAGUGUGAAUAUCACGUAGGAAUUAUGGGUCAUUCGAUAGAAAAUUGCACCACUUUUAAGAAGCUGGUUGAGAGAUUUAUCCAAAUGGGUAUUGUGAAAUUUGAUAAUGCGCCCGGUGCUGAAAAUCCACUGCCUAAUCAUACUGAUGGCGGGGUAAAUGCAAUAGAUAGAGGUAUUGGAAAAAGGACCAAGAGGGAUGUUUCAGAAGUAAAGACGCCUUUGAGACGAGUUUGGAAGGAGAUGGCAAGAAGGGGAUUAGUUACUUUAAGCACAGAAGGAAAUGAUAAUGGAAUGGAAAAUUAUUGUGAUUACCAUCAUAAAGAGGGACACAGAAUUCAGGAAUGUGAAGAAUUCAGAGCUGUUAUUCAAGGCCUGAUGGACAGCAAGGAAAUGGAGUUUUAUGAAGAGAUCAAUAAGGAGGAAUAUAUAUGUGCGUCAGAGUCCACAUCAAGUCCAAAAGUCAAUUAUCCUGUGGUUAUUAUCUCGUGUCCUAAGAAUAAAGCAGGAGUUCAAAUGGCGCCAAAGAUUAUAAUUCAGAAGCCCGCAGUUUUUUCUUACAAGGAUAAUAAGCAAGUCCCCUGGAACUAUAAAUGUAAUGUGACUAUCCCGGGAAAGGAGAAUUCAGCUAGCUCGUUAAAGGAGGAUCAAAAUGUAGGGUCUCACACACGCAGUGGAAGGCGAUAUGAUACCUGA